CCGAAGGCGGGAGGACGGACGACGACCCUCCAUUCCCCAUCUCUUCCACCAUCUCUCCUCUCCCUCCCCACAAGAAAAACCUCGCGCGAACAAUGUACAGCCCUCUCGGCAGCGGCUGCGCGUUCGCGGCCGCGGCCAGCUCCGCGUUCCCGCCGGCCACCGUCCCCGGCGGGAUAUUCGCGGGGAGGAGGAGGAGGAGGCCGGCGAGGCUGGUUCUUGCGUGGGCGAGCUCGGAUGGCUCGGACGGUGGUGGUGCCGCCGCUGGUGCAGUGGCGGCCGAGGCUUCCGCUGUGGGAGAGAGCAAAGAAGGGGAGGUGGCCAGUGGCGGAGGUUCUUCCGCUGAGUCGUCGGCGGAGAAGAAGCCGGCUCCUGUUGAUCCCAAGAUUGAGAAGGAGCUCAAGAAGGCAGUUCAGAAGACCGCAGCAACGUUUGCACCAAGGGCGUCCACUGCCACAAAGAACCCUGCAGUGCCUGGAACAGCUCUGUACACUAUCUUUGAGGUCCAGGGAUAUGCCUCCAUGCUGUUGGGUGGAGCCCUUUCCUUCAAUCUCGUGUUCCCGUCGAAUGAGCCGGACAUUUGGAGGCUGAUGGGAAUGUGGUCCAUCUGGAUGUUCACUAUACCUUCUCUUCGGGCCCGUGACUGCUCAAGUAAGGAGAAAGAGGCUCUCAACUACUUGUUUCUACUGGUCCCUCUAAUCAACGUCAUUAUCCCGUUCUUCGUGAAAUCCUUCGCUGUUGUCUGGUCAGCAGAUACGGUUGCAUUCUUUGUGAUGUAUGCUUGGAAGCUUGGAUGGCUGCAACGGUCAGAGUGAACAAUUUCCUGAACGAAGGAGCAUUUGAACUGCAAAUUUUGCCUAAGUGAAUUUUGGAGGGCACGCUACAUGCGAUGAAUUUUUCCUAGAUUUAGUUUCGUGUACAUCCAUGGAGUGUAAAGAAGCUUGCUAUGUAGAUGUACCUUAAAUUGUCAACAUUAGUGUUGACUAGGAACUGGGCAUCUCUCAACCUGUUAUGGUUUCCCAGUAGAUCAUAUAUGUCUGCGCGCUGGCAUGAAACGGUUGCCAAUUGCAUCUGCUUCGUUCUUGGGGCUACAAUUCGCAACUGAAUUUGCUA